AUGCGACAAGGUUCCUGCUUCAACACGUCUGGGCUAGGUCUACAGCAUAUCAUCAAGGCAGGGAGGGAAGGGGUGUACUACAAGGCUAAGAUGAUAUGUGGCACCUGCAAGGGCCACUUCAUUGUCACCUGCAAGAUUAUCAAAGAGGGGGCUACUCACAGGAGAGUAGCCAGAGAGGUGAGCAUCAUGAGGAAGCUGGGUACCCACAAGAACGUGCUGCAGCUGCUAGACUGGAACAUCACACAGGCUCCUUACAUGCUGAUCCUAGAGUCGGUGAGCAGUGGGACACUGCGCAGUUUCCUUCAAGUGAAUCAAGACCAACUGAGCAGGGACAGUCAACUGCAAAAUCUCUUCACCACAGCAGCAUAUCACAUUGCCCAUGCAAUGAGACACCUGUGCUCUAAAAUGGUGGUGCACUGUGACCUAGCCCUGAGGAACAUUAUGGUGAACCAUUUUCCCAGAGAGGUGAAGCUGGCAGAGUUUGGACUGGCCCAAGACCUGACUCACAAAAGGAGCUAUCGCAGCAGCUGCAAAGGGGACUACAUGCAAAGUGUGCCCCUGCGUUGGUAUCCCCCAGAGUACUUCAGAAAAAACAACUACUACAGCUUCAAAGGGGAUGUCUGGGCAUUUGGCAUUGUGCUGUGGGAGAUGCAAACAUUUGGGACCUUACCAUAUCCUAACCUGGAGGCUCCAGAGUUGGUGGUGCACUAUGUCUGCUCUGGACAAAGGAACUCAGUCCCAGAGACAUGUAGGCCAGAGAUACUGCAGACGAUUAGGGACUGUUGGCUGGAGCCGAACACCCAAAGGCCCUCCUUCAACGACAUAGUCAGAGACCUGGAGAACAUCCUGGAGGAUGAUGAAGAUUACGUCAAAGUGGACGACGGAGUCCUAAUGGCCAAUAUUGAAUUUGGCGACCAAGGUCAAAUCCAACCCACUCUCCUUCACGGAGACUAAAUAUGUGUAAGUCACUUCAAGUA